UCUUCGUUCGUAGACGGAUAGAAAGUUUUUCAUUUUUUUGUAGAAUAUCGUUAUCAAUUUAAAAAAUAGCAUUAUAAUUAAUUGAGUGAAAAAAUGUCUUUCUUUGUGCCAUUAAAGAUACUAUUUCUUCAUCUUUUUCUUCUUCUUUUUCUUUCGAAGAUUAUAAGGUCCUACGAAUUUCUAUCUACCGAUGACGAACAAAUUCCUUUUAUCAUAGAGAUAUGCAAAUUAUAUGGACCGAAAUCUGUAAUUAUCUUAUAUGCUGACUCGAUGGAAGAAAUGGAAAUGACAACGAUGGUGUUCAAAUGGAGACGUGCAUUUUCUCGGGAAGGUAUUGCGACCACCAAUUUUUACUUUUCACAAUUGUACGAAUCAUUGUACUACGUGAAACGGAUAGUACGACCGUAUUACGUUGUAGUAAUCUCUAAUUACAAUGCGAUUAAUGAGUUUUCCUUAGCAACACGUACCUUUGACAUGUCUUCAGCUGUAUGGCUAGUGAUAUUCAAUAACAAGGAAUAUAGUUUCGAUUAUUGUCACAACCCACCUGGUAAUAUAUUUCAUUUAAAAUUCAAUUCAGAAAUGUUGAUCCGUUGCGGUACGGAAAAUAUUUUACGAGAGUGGUAUUCGGUCGAUACAAGGCGAGUGGAGAUCAAUGACGUAGCUACGUGGAGUUUAGAGAAAGGAAUUACUAAAGUAGUUCCAGAUUCUCUUUACGAAAGAAGACAUAAUUUACAAGGUCUGAUCAUGAGAGCUGUUAUAGUUAAGGGUUCACCAUUCACAAAUAUAAACAAGGAUAGCAAAUUAGAUGGUUUAUACGGUAGGAUAUUAAGAGAACUUUGUGCCACUCUUAAUUUUAGUUUUGACAUUGUCUCGGAAGUAGAACAGUAUGGAAGAUGGAAUCCAGAAAAAAAGACUUGGUCUGGAGCAAUUGCCGAAUUAUAUGCUGGACGUGCUAAUAUUUCUCUUUCAGAAUUUUCUAUUACGAAUGCCAGAUUAAAUGCCGUUGAUUUCACGCUUCCUAUUUUGAUCUCCAAAAAUUGCCUCUUUUUUCGGGAACCAGAAUUAUUUGCGAUUAAAUGGUCAUCUUAUUUUCUAACUUUCACUCACUCUGUUUGGAUCGCUAUGUUUGGAGUAUUAAUUGCUGCAUUGAUCUUAUUGAUUUUUCUCAAAAUAAAAGAUGGAACUAAUCGUAAAAUAGGAAAUUUAUUAUCCGAUAACUUUAUGGAGAUUUGGGGUAUCUUCUGUCAACAAGGAAUUGCAGAUUUUUCUGAUAAAUCUUCGUUACGUAUAGCAUACUUUUCUAUAUUUUUUUUUGUUACCGUAAUAUCGGCAGCUUAUUCUGCGGCUUUAAUAAGCUUUUUAACGUCCAUUAUCCACAUUUUACCCUUUCAUUCAUUAGAGAGCUUCGUUGAAGAUGGUACUUAUCAAUUUGCUGUUUUUCGUGGUACGGCUUAUUAUGAUAAAUUUGCAAAUUCGGAAGAUCCGCUUGCAAAGAAAGUGAUGAAAUUGAUGCUAGAAGAAGAAAAAUUGCCUUCAACUAUACUGGAAGCAUUUAACAGUAUUUGUAAAAAUCGAAAUCUGGCAAUCUACACGUUCGAUGAAAUAAGAAGAAGUGUAGAUCUUGAAAUACCAUGCAAUGUGGUUCGUGUUGAAACAGGACGUGUAAACAGUUUUGCUAUAGUUUUAUCUAAACACAAUCCAUUUACUGGGGUCAUUAAUUUUCAGUUGCAGAAAUUUGUCAAUAAUGGUAUGAUAAAUCGUUUAAGAGAUACGAUAUUUAAAAAGAAAUUCCAUGAUAUGAUUAAGUAUCAACCGGUUCCCAUAACCACUGUAAUAUCGCUUAUUUUCUUCAUCCAAAUUGGUAUCAUUUUGGGUAUUUGCACUCUGAUCAUAGAAAAAUGUAUUUUUGUUCGUAAAAGAAAAAAAAUGUCGAUGGUACAUCAUAUCCCGCCCAUUAAAUCGUCAAGAUUUUAUGUAGAAAAGAAGAAAAAUAUAAAAAAUAUUGAAAAAGGUUAUAUGAAUCGAAAAUGUGCUCGCAUAAAUUAUUAAUGACAAUGCUAUUGUUGCUUUUCCAAUAAAUUUUUUCACUUUGAUAUUUAUAUUUUAUAAUUUUCUGAAGGAAUAAAAACGCGUAUGUCUACGUUUUUGCAUUAUUUAGCAGUUUUAAAAUGAAAAUUGUGCAAAUGUUUCUAUAUAUCUUGAUAUUGCUUUAAUUUUUCAUUGUUUUAUGAUUUAAUAGAAUUGAAGUUAUUAUUGACUAAUAUAUGUAAUAUAAAAAUAGUACUAUUUCGUGAAUAAUAACAGUCUUAAUAUAUAUCCAUUGUGAUAAAAAAAGGUUUUAUUUUAUGUAAUACACCGCUGCCGUCUUCCGUUUCUGUUAAGAGACUAUUUUAAUCUGCAAUAAUAAUAAGUAAAUGCACCGAAAGCACAUAUGUUAUCAGAUAAAGUGUUUGAAAAGAUAGUUAAAAGUUAACUAUUAUUUGCGCAUUCUCUCAUAUCAAACUAAA